UCUGUUGCCCGGAGCAGGGUAGUGUAGGAUAGGGAGCACUCCUCAGGAAAAAGCCUUCCAGCAGCCCCUAGGAAGGGGGAAAGGUAGCACUCCCAAGAAGUGGGCUGUCUGCUGUACUGGAUGGUGAGCUUGGCCGGUAGGGGGCUGGGGCGCCGCUAGGCCAGCUUGCUAGUGACACUUGAUGCCUUCUAUUUUGAGGGACCGCCCUCCCUCCCUUCGGGAACCCGAGCCGCCGGCUGCAGCCGCAACGCAGUCGAGGGGAAACACCCGGCGAGUGUGGGGCUUGUCCUGGACAGCAUGGACAGCUCAGCGAUGGAGGCGAUGGAAGGGCGGGCAGCGGAAUGGGAGGAGGAGACGGAGGAGGAGGAGGAGGAGGAGACAGAGGCCGAGUCCGAGACAGAGGUGGAGGCUGAAGCCAGGUUAUCAGACCAGGAUGAAGAGGGCAAGACCAGGCAGCAGUGCAUCAUGUCUGACCCUGACUUUUCUAUGGUGACAGUUCAACAGGAAGAUAGCGGGAUAUCCUGGGAGACUAGUUCAAGUAGUAGAUCUACUCCAUGGGUCUCAGAAGACAGUCAGACUUCUGGCACGUGUAGUCUAGAAGGAUCAAAUGUGAAUUCUCCUCCAGGAAGUGUUUCCUUUAUUGUGGAUGAAGUUAAAAAGGUUGAAAAAAGAACUCAUAAGUCAAAGCGUGGCUCACCAUCAUUGCGUCGGAAAGGCAGUAAAAAACGAAAUUCUUUUGAGUUACAAGAUGUUCCAGCAAACAAAAAAGACAAUCCUUUAAAUGCAGAAAGCCAGGCACUGGACAUGGAGAAAGAAAAGUCAUCACCCGGCCUCCGUGCUAAAACAACAAAAAAGAAAACCACCUCAAAUACACCUCCUAUUACUGGGGCAAUAUAUAAAGAACACAAACCAUUAGUGUUAAGGCCAGUCUACAUAGGAACUGUGCAGUAUAAAAUUAAGAUGUUUAAUUCAGUUAAAGAAGAAUUAAUUCCUCUACAAUUUUAUGGAACACUGCCAAAGGGCUAUGUCAUUAAAGAAAUACAUUACAGGAAAGGGAAAGAUGCCUCCAUUAGUUUAGAACCAGAUUUGGACAAUCAUGGUUCCAACACAGUUUCCAAAACAAGUAAAUUAGUUACCCAAAGCCCAGAGUAUGAUAAAGUAGGAGAGCAAGGUCCCGCCUGGCAAGGUGCACUCUCCAAAGGACCACAGUCUCUGGCCUCAUUAUUUGGUCAUGAAGAUCAAAAGAAAGUUGAUGUUGUGUCUUCUCUAAAGGCCACAGCUGCAGCUGGGCCCACAGCCCCCUGCUACUUGAGUAAUGACACGACAGAGCAAGGGGUGCUGCUCAGACCCCCACAGGCAUUGCCACAACUGCCAGGUGAUGAGGCAGAAGCCCAUGCAAUGGAGCCUUCCUCUCUUCCGCUCAAGGUACCAGCAACUGGGUUUCUGGAGACAGCAAAGAAAGAAUCUGGGGCCGAGGCUGAGGAAGCUGUUCCUUCAGAGUUGGAUUUGUCGGUCUCCUCAGCCUUGAUUGAUGAGGUCAUGAAGGAAGUCAUGCAUUCUGCUGACCAAACCAUGUCACUAGAGGCAGAGAAGGAUUCAUUGGGGACAGGCUCACUGGGUCUGUCCCCAACUACCCAGGAAGGCCUUGAGCCAGGCAAAGAAGAGCUAGAGCUGAUUUCAUUAGAAAGGAUGGAGCCAGUCUCUGGACACAUGACUCCCACACAUCCUGUUGUCCAAGGAGAGAAAGAGGAAACCGGGCCCAAGCCACCCAUUUCUCUUCCUGAGCCCCUCCUCUUUCAAGAAGCAGAACAAGAAGAGCUGGAAACUUCCCCACUGAUGGCUGCUACACCUGAACCUGAAGGUUCUAAUUUGGAAGAAGAGAUAGUAGAACUCGAUUAUCCAGACAGUCCAUUGGUUUCUGAGCAGUCCUUCCCAUCACGGUUGUCCCCUGAGGUGCUGCGUGAAGAGGAACCUAUGCCUCCAUUACUGACAACAGCAGCACCUGACCAUGUCACUUUAUCUGAAGAUGAGAGGGAGAAAGUCGAGUCUGUUUCUCCUGACUCUGCUUUUAUGUCAGAGUACUCAGUCCCUGAGGAUUUGAACGAUGAACCAGAGAAGCAAAAAGUUGAGCCAGUUUCUCCAUCGUGCUCAAAAGUCCCAUCUGAAUAUGCAAUAUUGUCAGAGAGAGAGAAUGAGGAGUCUGAGCCUUGCUCCCUGGCUGCGGCCUCAGUGUCUGAGCACUAUACCUCACUAUCCAGACCUGAGAAACCUUCUGAAGGCCUCUUGCCACUGUUUUCUGCAGUCCCUCCAGAGCGCUUGCUCCUUUCGGGCGAUGAGGACUCAGAAAGUGGACGUUACACACCAGAUUCCACAUCUGUUUCAGAAUAUUCAGUUCCCUUACAUGAAGCACAAGAGUCCCUGAAGAAAACAGUUGACCAUGAGCCCCCAUUAAAAUUAAAAGGUGUUUCUGAGCAUAUGAUUUUAUCAGAAGAAAAGAAAGACACAGGCUCACAGUAUCCAGCUGUGGUCCCUGUGACCGAGCGCCCUCUCUCACCACCCCUGAAGGACCAGAUUCCUGAGAGCCAGAGCCCUCUGCCUCCUGCUGCUACCCUGCAACAUGUGGUCCUCUCAGAAAAAGAGGACCUUCCAAGUAAGCCUCUAACACUGGAUUCAAAAUCAACUUCCAAAUCUGCAAUUCCACUAACUGGAACCCAGAAAUCCAAGAAGAAGAUAAGUAAUAGGGUGCCCCAAUUCAAUUUAAAAGAUAGUUUUGAGCAAGAGACUCUGUCAGAAACAGAGAAGGAAGAUAUUGGCCCAUGUUCCCCAGAUACUGCCCCUGCACUGGAGCACUAUCUCCUACCCCACACACCUGAGAUGACUUCUGAAUACCAAGCCUCCCCACUUCCAGGUACCCACUCUGAACCUGUGGUCCUAUCAGAAGAAGAGACCCUAGAAAUGGAGCAAUAUUCACCCCUUUCCUCAUCUGCUUCUGAAUUUUUAGUACCACCAUAUGCAAUAUCAGACUCCCAGGAAGAAGAAAUUAUCCAAGGAUCCCCUCUAUGUCUCAAAGGCACCUCAUCACCCAUGAAUUUAUCAGAACAAGAAGACAUUGGACCCUUUUCCCCAGAUUCUGCAUUUGUGUCAGAAUUCUCAUUUUCGCCUUACCCAACUCAGGAAGGAGAAAAAAGAGAACUUGAGUGUGGUUCCCCAGUGUGUUUAACAACACCCUCUGAACACACUGUUUUGUCAGAUGAAGACACUGAAGAUGCUGGACUUUUUUCUCCAGACUCAGCAUCGCAAGUUUCAGUCCCACCAUACAGAAUUCCAGAAACAGAAAGGAAUGCAAGUGAGUUAGAGUCCCUCUUAACUGCACAGUCUGCAUCAGGGUUUUCUUACUUUGCAGAAGCAGAUGAGGAAGAGAUUGGAUCAACAGCUGCUACCUCUAUCCCUGAGUAUUUCAGUUCAUCAGUGAAGCAAAAAGCCGAGCUUUGUCCUGUCAUGCCUACACUUGAAGACUUAAGCCUUCUAUCCUCAGAGGACAAAACAGACAGCACAGCAAGUAUGCCAGAUGUUCAAACAUUCUCAACAUCUGUAUCAGAAUAUCUCAUUUCAGCACAACAGCAGAAAACUCAAGAGCCUCUGGAGCCUGAGGCUGGUGGUUUGGUUCCACCAUAUUUAACCAAUAGGUCAGAGCAGGAAGAAACAAAGGCUAGUUCAUCAACAGCUACAACCCGUGGUGCUUUAGAUGUACUAUCAUCCAUAGCAAAGGAAGAAACUAAACCUAUUUUGCCUACACAAAAUUCACUUGAUUCUGUCCAUGUAGCUAAGAAAGAACAGAAACCCAAAGCACCACUCACUCUGAAAGCUGCAGAUGAACAGAUGACUUUGUCAAAAGUCAGAAAUAAAGAAACAACGCCCAGUUAUCAGGAAGCUACAGCACAUGUGUCACAGGAUCAGAAGCUGGAGCCUCAGCCUCCAAAUGUUCCAGGGUCUGGGAUAAAAUAUUCAGUUUUGCCUGAGUUGGUAGAUGAGCCAGAGAAGGAUGUCAAGCUCAUUUUAGCUCCAACUGUGCCUGCUGAGCUGGAACAGAGGAUGUCAUCAAAAAAUAAGCCUGAAGUAGUCAAAAUGUACUCACUUCUGGAAGAAAACUCUGUAUCUGGACCUGAGGUUUUAUCUGGAGUGAAAACCAAAAUGCAACAUGAGUCCAAAAUAACAAAAGAGUUUCAUUCAGCCUCAUCUAGAGUAGAAAAGGAAGUUGAACAUGGGCUACCUGUACCAACAUGUUCAGCUUUGUCAGAAGAAAUGAAGAAAGAAAUGGAACCCAGCUCACUGACAACCGCACCUGUAAUUCAGUGUGAUUCAAACUUAACUAUGCUAGUAAAAGACAUCCCUACAAACUCAUCUCCUGCCCCUGUAGAAGAACACCUAGUUUCAACAGAAGUAGGGAAGUGUAAGUUAGGAAGUGAUUUGCCAGCACUUCACAAGAGUAUAGAUGAGUAUUCCAUUCUUAAAGAGGGAAAGGUAGCAAUUACAAGCACUGCUUCUCAAAUUGAUACUUUUUCAUCCAAAGGUUCGGCUCCAUCAGAAGUGAAAGAGGAAACCAAGAUAGAUUCACCUCCAUGUGUGUGCAGUAUCUCAGAGCCCUCUGUUUUGUCAAAGGUAGAUACUGGAGAAGUGAAACCUAGAUUUCUAGCAAACAAAAUGUCCUCUCCUCAGUAUUCAGCUGUGUCUGAGGGAGUGAAGGGAAAAGACAAACAAGAUCUUUCAUUAUCUGUGGCCCUUGACUCCGCACAUUUGCUUCCAUCACAGGAAAAGAACUCGGUUUCUUCUUUAGAAGUAUCAAGGCCUGAACCUGUGCUUUCACUCAGCCUGGGGAGUGGGGGUGAGAAAGAAGAAACUGAACUUCUUCCAUCACAUAUGGUAUCAUCUACAACUGAAUGCAGAGUUCCAGGAGAGAAAAAUGAAGUGAUGACAAGUUCUUCUCUCGAGUCUGAAAAGUUAGUGUCAGAAGAUGUAGUCCCAGCACAACUGGCCUUUGAGGAUGGUAAGAACAAACAAGUAUGGGAUUCUUCCUUUGCAAUUGAUGGGGAUUUCCUGUUGGGGAAACAAAGUCUUGCUUCGGCAAAGCUUGCAUCAGAGCCCGAGAAGAAGGACAAGCUGUGCCAACUAUCAGAGUUAUUGAAGGCUGGCUCAGAGCUCAUGGGUGGUUCAGACAGACAGAGUGGAUCAGUAGACACAGAACCAGUUGCAUCUCUUAUAACUGAUACACAGACUUCUGCUUUGGAGAAGGGCUUCACUGAGUUUAGGAGCCGAGGAGAAGAAAAUAAAGAAAACAGGGUACUUUGUGGAUCUGCUACAGAACCAUCAAAGAUUGCCUUUUCUGACCUCAGUGUGAAACAAAAGAAGCCUGAAAAAAUACUUUACUCAGAUCAAGCUGUUAAUUUAUCUGAUGGGAGCAGCUCUUCUCAAGAUAAGCCAAAUCUAAAUAUUAAACAAUUGCCAUUCCUGAAAGAGAAUUUGCCUUGGGAACAAUCACAGUCAUGUAUGACAACUGAAUCCUCCAGCCCCAGUGAUCUGCUGAGGGGACAGCUCCAGGCCUCGGAGGAGGACAACCUCAGGUGUGAAACUGGGAAGCAAGUUCUGCCCCAGGCUGUGGAGGACUCUCAUUUGCCAUUACAAGAACCCGCCUCUAGUCCUAGUACUGCUGGGGGUAACAUAGAAACCUUAUCAGUUGAAACUCACUCUUUUGACGAAACAAAGGUGGUCCAAGAACCAAAGACUCUGGCUCCAACUGGAAGUUUGCAAAGAAAUACACAAGAGGGGCAUAUCCAUCCCCUCACAGACAGUGAAAUCUUUUUAUUGGAAAGAGCAAAUGUGGAUUUUUCUACGCUUUCCAAAGAAGGGAUCUGGGAAGAAGUCAGACCACUUUCUGAAACACUCACCCAGGAAUCAGGGUCUGGCCAAUCAGCAGAACUGAUGGAGUGGGAAACCACUCCCUCUUCUAUCAAAGCACACCAUUUCCCAGUGGACGUUGUGGAGCCUUCUCUGUGCAGAGAGAAAGAAGCACAUAGGAGCACUCCUCCAUUACUUGGGGAGAAGCCACAAGAAGAAUCGAAAGUGAUUCUGUCAAAGAUUAUAGAUGAGGCUGCAGAGGGAAGGAAAUCAGCUCUUGAAGUGAAGAUACCUCCCCAAACAAAAUCAACGCCCUCAAUCCAGGCCAUAGAAGAGCAUGAACUCCCAGAAACCCCUGAAGUCACACAACAACUGUACAAAAAGCCCAAGGCAGCUGAGCAAAGGCUUUCUGAGGAAAAGGGGAAAAAAGGACUUUCCUCUUUCAAAUCCUGGAUGUCCAGUUUAUUUUUUGGAUCAAGCCCCUCAGAUGACAAAGUUGUAGAAAAAGAAGAUGUAGAUAUUCAGCAAAGUCUCUCUGUAAGAAAAGGAGAGAUGGUGAUAGAGCCUGAAGGCAAAAUUCCUGCUGAUUUUAAUGCAACCAAGAAACCAGAUGAUCAUUCAUUAUCAGAGGUGUCUAGUAAAGAUUAUAGGAAGAAUGAAAUCCCAGACUCUUCAGAGAAAAUGAGCAUACACUUAGUUACUUCUGCCGAUAGUGAGGAAUGUCUUGGAAUUCAACAGGAUAGGAAGUUGGCUAUAGAAGAAACCAAAAAUGUUCCUUCUUACGUUACUGAGAGUAAAAGAUACCAGAAGCCGGCAAUACCUCCUCCAUCUAACUGGAAUAUUUCUAUUCUUAAAGAAGGAACAAGUGGUGAUCAAAAAGAAAAAUCAUUUUCAUCUGAAGUAGUAGAUACUGUAUCACAACAGCUAAAAUCAGAUUCAUCCAACUUCACAAAUAAAAAUACUAUGAAGGAAUUAAAGAAUCCAGAGCCAAUAAUUUUGCCAGAAGAAGAAUCAAAAGGUACUUUAAUCGAUCUUGGCAAGGACAGAUUAAAGAACAAAAUGCCCAAACCUGCUUCCUUGAAACUUUCUGAAGAGGAAGCAAAACUCAGGCUUUUCAGUCCAAUGGAGCAGAAAGAUAACUUGGAAACUGGAUCAUGUACCUCAGCAGGAAAAAAUAACCUGGAAGAUAAACAAGAAGUGGUGUUACCCUUAGAACUUAGAGGACAAAAAGAACUAGUGAAAUCACAGUUGGCACAGGAGCAUACACCUGUUAAAUUAGAAGAAUUGGAGGUUGCUGCUAGGAGACAGCACAUAUAUCCAAAUGAAGACCAUAAAGAAAGAGCCAAAGUUAUUGUUUGUUCUGAAGAGGAGAAACAAGAAGAAAAAGAAAAGCAGGCCCAGGUAUUUUUGGAAGAAAAAAAAGAGCAGGAAAAUCAGCCUUAUUCUCUGAAUGAGGCCAGAUUUAUGCCUGAAGAGCCAGUCAUGUCUUCUCUUCAUAUUUUGGGUGGAACACAACCAUUUUCAUUAAUUAAAACAAUAUCAAUUACUGAAAAACUAGAAAGUGUGCCUUCAGAGGCUCACCCAGAAAUUAAGGAAGCAAAGUUGGUAGAAAGCCAACCACAUCUGUUAGAAGAAAGUAGAAGUUUUGUGGAGAAAACCAAGACUGCGUGCGUAGGGAAUCUUCCUUACGAUGAUGAAAUAGAUAAACACCCUUUCCCUCUGGAAGAAAACCUGGCUUUAGAAAAGUUAAGCAGAGAUACAGCAGGUCCCAGAGAGGAAAGAGGGCCACUCACAGUGUCACAGCUGUCCACAGGUGGUUUAGUAGCCAUCACAAAAGAAAGUGUGAGGCCAUCUGAAGACACUGAAUGGACCAUAGGUCAUUCUUCUGAUGACACAAAGAGCUUAGAAAUGCUGCCACAUUCACCAUCAUCUCUAAAACCACACAGUCUUGUUCCGGGAGUUUGCCCAGAAGUUAACACAGAGAAGAAACAAGAAGUGCCAUGGUCAGAAUUGACCCCAAGUCAUCCUAUAGUCCAUACUAUUCAGACUUCUGAAGAUCACCCAUCUGAGACAUUGAAGUCAUGUGUUCUGGAUUCAGAGCACCCCUUGGAGAUAAGGGAAGAUGCUCAUGUAAAUGAAUCUGUUUCUUCAACAGGGAGCAACUAUGCUCGAUUUAUAAUUAGUGCAUCAAUAAGCACAGCUGAUCAGGCAGCUUUGGCAAAAGACCCUGAAGACACUUAUGCAAGAGAUGUAGAAUCCACAGUGACCAGUAAACCAGCUGGCAUUUCACAAGAUCAGAAGAGUGCCUUCAGCAUCAUUUCUGAAGGCUGUGAGAUAUUGAAUAUUCACGCACCUGCCUUUAUUCCUUCAGUGGAUCAAGAAGAAAGUGAACAAAUGCAAGAUAAGUUAGAGUAUUUAGAAAACAAAGUUCCAUUUAGAACUACAGCCCCUCAUGAGGACAGUGAGGCGAUUGUUAGCCAUAAAAUGUUACAGAGUGAGUUAGAAGAUUCUGACAGCAAAGUUGUGUCACUGAAGGAGCAUGAAGGAGAGGGAGCUCAUGCUACAAAAGAGGAGCUGUCUAUGGGCCCUGACACUGGCAGUCCAGCUUUCCUGCAGCCCACAAUUCCCAUUGAAGAGGAUUACUUUGAGAAAUAUACUUUGAUUGAUUAUAACAUCUCCCCAGACCCAGAAAAACAAAAAGCUCCAUGGAAGCUAACUCUGAAAGAGGCACUCACAAAGGGAACCACAGAAAGUUCACAGGGAAGUGCUCCAGAACAUGCCUACGACCUGGUGAAGUUAGCAGAUGGCCCAGAGGAGGACCAUAGCAAGUUAUCUCAGUUAGGGAUGCAAAAGCCUUUGGUUACUCAAAAAUUAGUUGGCGGAAAUGCUGCAAAGAGCAUAGAUAGAGAUGUGGUCCCCAGGCUGCCUGGGGUGCCUUUAUUUGAUACGGAGGAAGGGGUUUUAUCCAGAACCCAGAUCUUUCCCACCACUGUCAAAGCUGUUAAUCCAGAACUCCUGCAAGAGCCGCCUGCACUUGCAUUUUUGUAUAAGGAUCUGUAUGAUGAGGUGACUGGGGAGGAAAAAAAAGAAGAGGAGACAGCUUUUGAAGGUGACAGUGUGAAUUCUGAGGCAUCAUUUCCAAUCAGAACUUCUGACACUGAUGAUGGGACAGGGAUGUAUUUUGAGAAGUAUACACUCAGAGAUGACAUUCUCCAUGACACAUCCAUAGCGCAGAAGGACCAAGGCCAAAGUCUAGAAGAAGAACCAGUUGAUAAGAAUGAUUCAUACCAACUGAUAGGUGAAGAAGGGGAAAUUUGGAGGAAAUCUGGAACUGUUCUUUGGGAAAAGAGUCUGGGUGAACAGAGGGCUGUUUACAGGGAAGGAGAAGCUGUAGGCCACAUGGAGACCUCUAAUGACUCAGCAGUACAGGGGAAGGCUCCCAUCAUUGAGGAGGUUGGUAUGGUUGCCCAGAAGGUGAGCUAUGCAGUUCCAUUUCAUGAUGGCUGCCAUGUUCAGGGUAGUAUAGCUGAAGUGAGCAGUCAAGGUCAUGAGGAGGGAAACACAAGCCCGGAGCUCAGUCAGAAUGUCCCAAUACAAGUGUCCUUCACAGAAGAAGGUUUUGCAUCUGGUGCAGUUUAUAUUCCAGAAACACCACGAGAAGAACCUGAAUUACUGGUCCCACCCACACCCAGCAAAGAGCAACUCAGAAACAGCCCUGUGCAGGAUGAGUACGAGUUUGCUGAAUCCCUAAAUUAUGAAGUGGUUAGUCAGGACACUUUACCAGAUGAGCUGUACUCAGAAGCUGCAUGUGAAGAUGUGUUGUCCCAAGGGAAGGAAUCCUUUGAGCACAUCAGGAAAUGUGAAUUUCUCCCUGCGGCAGAACAGAAUUUGUCUGCUGACCAGAAGGUAUUGGGCAGGAGGACAGAAGAAGACCAAUUGCCAUCAGAGUUAGUGACUCAGAAUGCACAAACGGAACUGAAAAAGUCCCAGAUUGACACAUAUUGCUAUACCUGCAAAAGCCCAGUUUCUACAAUGGACAAGGUGUUUGGCACCCACAAAGACCAUGAGGUUUCGACAAUUGACAUGGCUAUCAGUGCGGUUAAGGUUCAAUUAGCAGAAUUUCUUGAAAAUUUACAAGAAAAAUCCUUGAAGAUUGAGGCUUUUGUUAGUGAGAUUGAAUCAUUUUUUAAUACCAUUGAGGAAAACUGUACCAAAAAUGAGAAGCAGUUAGAAGAACAGAAUGAGGAAAUGAUGAAGAAAGUCUUGGCACAGUACGAUGAGAAAACCCAGAGUUUUGAGGAAGUGAAGAAGAAGAAGAUGGAGUUCCUGCAUGAGCAGAUGGUUCGCUUUCUGCAGAGCAUGGACACUGCCAAGGACACUCUGGAGGCCAUUGUGAGGGAGGCUGAGGAACUCGAUGAGACAGUCUUCCUGAUGUCAUUUGAGGAAAUCAAUGAAAGGUUGCUCUCUGCCGUGGCGAGCACAGCUUCGCUGGAGCACAUGCCGGCCGCCUUCUCGUUGUUUGAACAUUAUGACGACGCCUCAGCCCAAAGUGACCAGAUGUUAAAGCAAGUCACUGUUCCACAGCCUCCGAGGCUAGAACCUCAGGAACCAAAUUCAGCCACAAGUACAACGAUUGCAGUUUACUGGAGCAUGAACAGAGAAGAUGUUGCUGAUUCCUUCCAGGUUUACUGCAUGGAGGAGCCACAGGACAACCAAGAAGUAAAUGAGUUGAUAGAAGAAUAUAGACUGACAGUGAAAGAAAGCUACUGCAUUUUUGAGGACUUGGAACCUGACCGAUGCUAUCAAGUGUGGGUAAUGGCCGUGAACUUUACUGGCUGCAGCCUGCCCAGUGAGAGGGCAAUUUUUAGAACAGCUCCCUCCACUCCUGUGUUUCGGGCUGAGGACUGCACUGUGUGUUGGAACACAGCCACCCUCCGAUGGCAGCCUGCCAACCUAGAAGCCACAGAGUCCUACACUCUGGAGUACUGCAGACAGCACUCUCCAGAGGGCGAGGGCCUCAGGUCUUUCUCUGGAAUUAAAGGACUCCAGCUAAAAGUUAACCUCCAACCCAACGUUAAUUAUUUGUUUUAUGUGAGAGCCAUCAAUGCAUUUGGGACAAGUGAACAGAGUGACGCUGCCCUCAUCUCCACCAGAGGAACUAGAUUCCUGCUGCUGAGAGAGACAGCUCAUCCCGCGCUGCAGAUCUCCUCCGAUGGGACAGAAAUCAGCUUCGCGGAGAGAAGGCGGCUGACCGAAAUCCCGUCUGUGCUGGGUGAGGAGCUGCCUGCCUGUGGCCUGCAUUACUGGGAAACCACAGUCACCAACUGCCCUGCUUAUCGACUUGGCAUCUGCUCGAGCUCGGCAGUGCGGGCCAGGGUGCUGGGACAGGGAGAGACUUCGUGGUAUAUGCACUGCUCAGGGCCACAGAGGUACACGUUCUUCUAUAGUGGCGUCGUGAGCCAUGUCCAUUUGACUGAACCACCCAGCCGCGUGGGCCUCCUGCUGGACUACGCCGGCCAGAGGCUCGCGUUCAUCAACGCGGACAGCGGGCAGCUGCUCUUCCUCGUGAGGCACCGAUUCAGCGAGGGUGUCCACCCGGCCUUCGCCCUGGAGAAACCUGGAACGUGUACUUUGCACCUGGGGAUAGAGCCCCCAGAUUCUGUGAGGCACAAGUGAUCCUUAGGUUCCGCAGUUGGUGACAGCAAGGCUGUCGGGUCUGUGGUUAGCUCAGGUGCUGCAUGUGACUCAGGAGGUCUCACACACUCCACUCAGGACAGCUGUGCACACCAGUCAGCAGCAGGAAGCCAGAAACCAGACAGAGUGCAGCCUGUGGAGGGAGGAGGGAAAGAAAAACCUCCGCUACUUCGGAGCUCCGUCCUGGGUUGAAAGGACUCACGCUUGCCUCGGGAAGCAGAAGUAGAGAAGUGAAGACGUGGGCUUCCUCCUGCUCUCUCCUGCAGGAGCUCGG